CCGUCUCACGCCCACACCGCCAGUCCGCCACGCCCACACGAGCGCGAAAACGAGACAUGGCCCACUCGCCGUCGGGAUCGCGCGCGGCGGCGCCGUCGACCGAGGGCGGGACCUUCACCGACGCGGGGGCUGAGGACAUCGGCGACUCGAAGCUCUCCGCGUUCCUCUUCGACGUGUCGCAGCAGGUGCAGGUCGGUCUCCAGAACAUGCUCAAGAUGAGCAGCGAGAUCGAGCGGUGCGACGGCGAGAUCGAGGAGGAGGUGGGGCGCGCCAGGGACGCCGUGGCGGAGAAGGGCCGGGCGCUCGACGACGAACGGGAGAGGGUCCAGAAGGCCGCCCUCGCCGCGCUCGACAUCCUCAGCGGCGGCCGCGGCGCCAUCUGAAGGGAUGCGCGCGACAGACACCACCGCCACCGCCGACUUACUCCACGACACGCAUGAUACCACAAACAGUUCGUGCAAGACUCCACCUCCAUCUGAUAAUGUCGCCGCCGGUGCGCUGUUACUGUUAGCCUUUGUAUUGGUAACAGAAUGAUGGUAGAUGGGUGAUAGUAGUAGUAGCACCCGCAGCUUGUGGCUUCGUGCAGGUUAGGUUCUUGCCUGGUGGAAUACUGGGUUGGAAGGAUACCGUGUUACCGUGGUUGCCUCUUGUACAGCUGGAACAGAGUUCGGAACUUCAGAUGUUCAUGGUGUGAUCGACGGUGCAGCGGAGUGCGGACUUACACGCUGAUGCGUGAA